GAAAAUUUGGCGUCUCUUUAAAAUUUCUCGAGACCGUUCGACGUCGCCAAUUGGCAGUUCUCCAUCGAUUUGAGAAAGAAGCUGAAAAUCCGUAGAUUGUCCAAUCCCCUAAAUUUUCUCGAGAAAAGCUUUUUACCAGAUUUUCUCGGGAAAGAAAGCACUCGAGGUUGGAGCUCGUCGGCCAAGUAUUUGAUCGCCGAUUGGGCUCCGCUCUGAAAAAUUACAGGAAAGAGCAAAACAAUUUCUUUUUAUUAAUUUUUUUUGUCAAUUAGGAAUUUAUACCCACUUUUUAAGGGGAUUUGAUCGACUUAGAGGAAUUCGUAGUUUGAAAAGAUGACGAUCGAUUCGUUACCGGGAAGCUCAGGGUAUUUGGAUAUGUAUCCUGAGAGGAAAAUGCGGUAUUUCAAGAACCCCUUUGUUGUUGGUGUCACUGUCGUUGCUGGGAUUGGGGGUCUUCUUUUUGGAUACGACACUGGUGUCAUAUCCGGGGCGCUUUUAUAUAUCAAAGACGACUUCGAGGCCGUAAAUCAAAGUAGUUUCCUGCAGGAAACAAUUGUAAGCAUGGCAUUGGUUGGUGCUAUAAUCGGAGCAGCAGCCGGGGGUUGGAUUAAUGAUGCAUACGGACGUAAAAAGGCCACUCUUCUCGCUGAUAUUAUAUUUGCUCUUGGAUCAGUUGUCAUGGCUGCUGCACCAGAUCCUUAUGUUCUUAUAUUGGGACGACUGCUUGUCGGCCUUGGUGUUGGUGUAGCGUCUGUUACUGCUCCUGUGUAUAUUGCAGAAGUAUCUCCCUCAGAAAUAAGGGGAGGGCUAGUGAGCACAAACGUUCUUAUGAUAACUGGUGGACAGUUUCUUUCCUACCUUGUAAAUCUUGCUUUUACUGAGGUUCCCGGAACAUGGCGAUGGAUGCUUGGAGCCGCGAGUGUGCCAGCUGUUAUACAGUUCUCUCUCAUGCUCUUCUUGCCAGAAUCACCUCGAUGGCUUUUUAUAAAGGACAAAAAGGACGAGGCAGUUUCUGUGCUUUCAAAAAUCUACGACUUUCCUCGUUUAGAGGAUGAAAUUGAUUAUCUUAACUCUCAGUUAGAAGAAGAACGCCAGAAGAAAAAGGAUGUUAGUUAUUGGGAUGUUUUUAAGACAAAGGAAAUCAGACUUGCAUUUAUUGCCGGUGCUGGGCUCCAGGCUUUUCAACAAUUUACCGGUAUCAACACAGUCAUGUACUACAGCCCAACUAUUGUCCAGAUGGCUGGUUUCAAGUCCAACCAACUAGCACUUUUACUGUCUCUUAUUGUGGCCGGCAUGAAUGCUGUAGGAACGAUUCUUGGAAUUUACCUUAUUGACAAAGCAGGACGAAAGAAGCUGGCCCUCUCAAGUUUAGCUGGUGUAAUUGUAUCCCUUCUCAUCCUCUGGGGGUCAUUUUUUGCUGAAUCGUCCAGUUCAACAAGUGGACUCUAUGGCUGGCUUGCAGUUAUAGGGCUAAUGCUGUACAUUGCUUUCUUCGCGCCCGGAAUGGGACCUGUGCCCUGGACGGUGAACUCGGAGAUUUAUCCCGAAGCAUAUCGUGGGAUUUGCGGGGGAAUGUCAGCUACCGUGAACUGGGUUUCGAAUUUGAUUGUUGCCCAGACAUUUCUUUCGGUCGCUGAAGCGGUGGGGACCGGCACUACUUUCUUGAUUCUUGCUGGAAUAGCUGUGAUUGCGUUUGCAUUUGUGGUUGCUUUUUUGCCUGAGACCAAGGGAUUGACAUUUGAGGAAGUGGAAAGUAUUUGGAAGGAAAAGGCAUGGGGAAAUGGUUCAAACACUCAGAGCCUACUUGAAAGUGGGAACGAGUCAUAGUUUAUUAUCAUUUUGUUUUGUGUGAUUAAAAUGUUCAAGCUAUGUGUUAUUGUCAUGUAAACCAAAUCUUUGUAUCUACCUUCAAUCCACAUAAAUUAUUAAUUUUUGAGGGCUGUUUGGCUCGGGCUUCUUAGUU